ACGACACAGGACGGAUUAAUUAGCGGUUGCUCUUAACAAAGCGAAAAACUCAAAACUCUACAGAUACAUUGUUCGAGGACAGAAAGUUUAUUCAGUUCAUUCAGUUUAUUCUGUUUAUUCUGUUUAGACCGAGUUUUCACAGUGUGUCUACAAUCCACUUGAUCGUGUCUUCAUCACCGUCUUCUACAGACUUUGGUGGAGGUGUUGAAAAGGUGGAUUUCCCCCUCCCUAUCACCACUGUCAGCAUCUCGACUUCAUCGUUGUUCGCCAGGUGCAUCGAUGUAGAAGAAGCUGGAAAAGUGGAUUUACCCCCAACUACCUUUCCGGUGAACUACUACUGUCCGCUGUGGGCUUUUUAGGAGGACACGCCGAUGUGGUAAUUGUUCCGAACGCUGAAACGUCUGUUCAGUACCCUGGACCGUUAUCCUUAUCAGACGACAUAAGCAGCGUUUGGUUACAAACAGAAGGAGAAGAGGAGAGUGUUGUAGCUGCUGAAAACAACAUAGCAGCAAUGGAUUUUGUUCUUCCAAAUGGUGUGUUGUCUUCUGAGAUUGUUCAGCAUCCUGGACCCUCCUCAGAAGCCAUAAACAGUUUUUGUUUUGAAGAAGAAGGAGGAGACGAGAACGCUGAAAACAUCUCAUCAGGGAAAAAAACAGCAAAAUCCAUUAAAAGAAGAAUUGCAAAAUUUUUCCGUACAAUGGGGAAGAAGAUCAAGAGCCCUUUUGUUCACUGCUUCGGUAGGAACAAAGUGGAAUCUUUCGUACCCUCCCCAGAGCUGAAUCCGGGGAAGGCCAGUGAUGAUCUGGUCAAAUCAGAGAUGAAGACCAGUUCCGGGAUGAAGGCUGAUGAUGAUAUUGUCCAUCCCGUGGCAAAGGCAGACUAUGAUCUGCUGAAUACUACAAAGCCUGAGGAUGUAUCGUCUGCCCCCCAGCAUUUCACUGGCACUUCUUCCGUCAGUAUUCCUCAGUUUGUCAUCCCGAGGGCAGAUACCAGUCUGCAUAUUGUGGAUUUUAGCGAAGACGAUUCAGUCGAUACUGUGCUGAAUGCUCGCACCAAUCCUGCCAAUCCCAAGCCAAAGAAGCCAACCUCAUCUACUAGCGAUGAGGUGCUUGGGGCGAUUGGCUUUACCAGCAGGAUGUACCCAAAAAGCCACGAAUCUGAUGACAAACGGGGUUUCAUUAAUCCAUGUGAACCCAAGGAGAAGACGGACACCAACCCUGCCAAUCUCAAGCCAAAGAAGCCAACCUCAUCUACUAGCGAUGAGAUGCUUGGGACGAGUGGCUUUACCAGCAGGAUGUACCCAAAAAGCCAUGAAUCUGAUGGCAAACAGGGUUUCAUUAAUCCAUGUGAACCCAAGGAGAAGACGGACACCAUCUCUGCCAAUCCCAAGCCAAAGAAGCCAACCUCAUCUACUAGCGAUGAGAUGCUUGGGGCGAUUGGCUUUACCAGCAAGGUGUACCAAGAAAGAGAAGACUCCGAUGGCAAACAGGUCGCCAUAAAGCAAGUUUGGGAAUGGAAACAUAAUCCUUACACUGAUAUUAAGGUUAACAACAAUUCAAAUGAUGCCAAUUUUAAGACUGGCACCAUUCCCAAGACAAAGGGUUUUAUUAAUCCAUAUGAACCCAAGGAGAAGAUGGACACCAACCCUGCCAAACCCAAGCCAAAGAAGCCAACCUCAUCUACUAGCGAUGAGGUGGUUGGGGCGAUUGGCUUUACCAGCAAGGUGUACCAAGAAAGAGAAGACUCCGAUGGCAAACAGAUUCUCAAAGCUUGA